CAAUCGAAUUAAAAUAAAAAGCUACCAGGCCAAAAUUGAUGACAUUUUUAUAGGCCCAAGUGACACAUUACCUCACGAAACUUACCGAUUGUUUGACGACUCCCACAUUUUAGUAACUUAAUCCUUAUGUCCAAGGGAGAUUCACAAAAUAGAAGACAUUCAGAUUCAGAACAAUUCGUGCAUCAAAUAAUUAUAAUCCAAGCAUUUCUGGAACACAAAAAAAGUGACAGUCCUACGCGGGGAUCGACCCCGCGUCACGUUAUACACAUAUAAUUUAGGCUUGGUGACCCUAACCACUCAGUUAUUCAUACAGUCAAAUUUCAUUCACAUCAUCCCAAUCUUCUUCAAACUGGGAUUUACACAGGAUACCUUGCAUCCCGAGAAAUCCACAAGAACACACGGGUAAAACCGCUUCAUCAUCAACAGCAUCUGAAAUCACAGUCACCAAUUCAAAUUCUGCCUCGUACGAAAGUCCAUAUGAUUCACAUCACAUCUAAAUUGAUAGAUCGUACUUUGAAUAGCUGAAGUUGCUAUUACCCAGUGAUUGUGGUACAAUGCAGUAGACGCUUGAUGUACGUUCAAAGUUUGCCAGUCCUGCCAGUGUUAGUAAGUAAGUGGAUGUGUCUGCGCGCUAAAAUGGCGAAGAUUGGUGUGUCGUUUAUCGGCUGGCAUCAGAGAACGCGUUUGGAGCGGAUACUGCUGAUAGCGACUGGGGUCCUCUUCGUGGCAGUACUCCUCACCAUCACGCUUCUGCUGACCAUGCGAGGACCUACCUACCUGCCAGUCCCGCCCUGCUACCAGCCUGAGAGCAAAGACCAAGUGUGCCUUAAGGGCUCUUGCAUAUACACGGCUAGCGAAGUCAUCAGAGCUCUGGAUGAAACACAGGACCCUUGUGAUGACUUCUACGAGUUCGCUUGCGGAGGCUGGAUCAAGAACAACCCUAUCCCUGAAGGGAAAUCCAGUUGGGGGAUCUUCAGUAAGAUUGAGCUGCAGAACCAGUUGAUCAUCCGAUAUGCUCUGGAAAAAGUCAACAUAUCAAAUCCAAUUGACGCGGAAGCCAAAGCCAGGAUAUACUACGAUGCAUGCAUAGACACCAACGAGACUAUUGAGAAACUUGGAGAGAAGCCACUGGUAUCCGUGAUCAAGCAGCUGGGCGGCUGGCAUAUCCUGCCCACCACUGUUACCAAGCAGCCCUGGGAUCUUCAGAAGCUGGUUCAAGAUGUUCAGAACACAUACAACCUGGGAGGUCUGUUCAAUUGGGCAGUCACAGAAGACGAUCGGAACUCAUCCAAACAUGUCAUUGUUCUCGACCAAGGAGGCCUAAAUCUACCUACUCGCGACAACUACCUCAACAGAACAGCUCAUAAAAAAGUUCUAGACGCAUAUCUAGACUACAUGACCCGAAUAUGUGUACUCCUAGGAGCAAACAAAACUGAGGCUAAAGCUCAAAUGAACAAAGUGAUCCUAUUUGAAACGGAACUGGCUAAUAUAACAACGCCUUCGGAAGACCGGAGAGAUGAGGAGGGGCUGUAUAACCCUUAUACGAUAAGACAAUGGCAGAAAGAGGUCCCUUUUAUGAACUGGACUAUGUUCUUCAAUGAUGCUUUUAAGCUGGUUAAUAAAACUAUACCUGAUACUCAAAGAAUAGUGGUUUACGCGCCAGAAUACUUCAAAAAUCUCACGAAGGUUAUAAAGAAAUAUAGCAAGAGUGAAGAAGAUCAACGAACCCUCACAAGUUACAUGAUGUGGCAAGUCUCGCGGUCGCUGUCGACGUACCUCUCGAAGUCGUUCCGCGACGCCACCAAGAUCCUGAGGAAGGCGCUGUUCGGCUCGGAGGGCACGGAGGAGUCCUGGCGCUACUGCGUCACUGACACUAAUAAUGCUGUUGGGUUCGCAGUCGGCGCCAUGUUCGUCCGCGAAGUAUUCCACGGCGAAGCGAAGACUCAAGGCGAAAUAAUGAUCAACAACAUCAGGAAUGCUUUCAAGAGGAACCUGAAAAACCUGGACUGGAUGGACGCUGAAACCCGGAAGGCUGCUGAAAUCAAGGCGGAUGCCAUCACAGAUAUGAUCGGUAAAACAUGUUUCCCUGACUAUAUUCUUCACAAGGCGGAACUAGAUAAGCAGUAUGAAGAACUGGAGGUGAAACCGAACGAGUACUUUGAAAAUAACAUCGCUUAUAACGUGUACAGCUUAAAGAACGACCUUAAUAAACUGGACAAGCCUGUCAACAAGACUAAGUGGGGCAUGACUCCAUCAACUGUGAACGCUUACUACACUCCAACUAAGAACCAGAUCGUCUUUCCUGCCGGCAUCCUACAGCUACCGUUUUACGAUGGUGACAACCCUAAGGGCGUCAACUACGGAGCUAUGGGAGUGGUCAUGGGUCAUGAGUUGACGCACGCGUUUGAUGAUCAAGGGAGGGAGUAUGACAGAUUCGGCAACUUGAACCAGUGGUGGAACAACGCAACGAUAGGCAGAUUCAAGAAGCGAGCGGAAUGUAUACAAAAACAGUAUUCCAGCUAUACGGUCGAUGGACACAAUCUCAAUGGAAAGCAGACACUCGGAGAAAAUAUCGCUGACAACGGUGGCCUGAAAGCCUCUUUCCACGCCUAUUUGGACUACAGUAAAAACACCAAAGUUAACCUGACAUUACCCGGACUGAAGUACAACGAUCGGCAGCUGUUUUUCAUCUCUUUUGCCCAGGUAUGGUGUUCCGCAAUGACCAAAGAAUCAACUAAGAUGCAAAUAGAAAAGGAUGACCAUACCAUCGCGAAGUACAGGGUCAUAGGGCCCAUAGCCAAUCUAAAGGAAUUCUCCGACACGUUUCACUGCCCUAUAGGGUCAAAAAUGAACCCGACACAUAAGUGCGAAGUAUGGUAAUAAGUGCUUAACAUUGAGCUUUUGUCAGACUUGGUAAAAGAAAGGAACAGGUUUCUUGCUAUACUCAAAAUUGAUGGCCUACUACCAACUCUAAAAAAAUUCAUCAACGGCAACUGUCAUGAGCCUUCGAAAAAUAUUGAACUAUGUCAUGCAAGAAUUUAGACAUAAAGUAUGACGUAAUGCGAAGAAAAAUUGAGGUCUUGACAGUCGUAACUAAUUGACAGAUGAAGGAAGCUCAAAAGCGUCUACUCUAUCAGCCUACAUGCUAAUAUAACCUCUUUGAACAAAAAUGCCUUGAGUACCCGCACUAAGAACUCUUUACGUGGGACUGUAUCCAUUGUGGAAGCGAGACCGCGCUAUACAAUGCGCAUAUCGCCGUCUUGCUUCCACAAUGACUAAAUUCCUAUUUUAAAAAGCUUAAGAUGAAAGGUGAUGGUAGAUUUGUUUAGCCUGUUUGUUUCUUCUACCAAUAAUAGUCUAUGUUUUGAUAUUUAUAUUGUAUGUAUAUUUGAGCUUAGCUGUUGUGUAGACACGGGUAUAUGAGUUAUAUAGUCUAACGCUAAAUAGAGCAGAAUGGUUUUCUUUGUAAAUAUUGACUGCGGGAUUAGUUAAUUAAAACAUAGUACAAUAGACAGAACUCCAAAUAAUAAUAGUGAUAAUUUAAAUAGAAGAAUCGGUGAAAUUUAUAUGACAGUAUUUUGAUUUGAUUUAAUUAUCAAAUUAAUCUAAACCGAUUUAGGCAGGCAAGUGAAUAUCAAUCACGAUCUGCAAUCGGCAUCAAAUUCUGCUAUUUACAAUGUCCGAUAUCGGACAUUAUAAAUAGCUGAAUCAUAGCCCUCAUAAAUGGUACGAUUUGAAAAACAUUGAUGGCGGAUUGACGUUAAAUGUAUAUUGAUCAUGUGUUUUGAUCGCAAUCAAGAUUAAAUCUAUACGGGAAACCAUAGUCGAUCAAAUGAUUGACAUCCAUAGUGAAUUCUGAUAAGAUUUUAUUUAAGUAAAAACUUAUAGUUUUUGGGGCAAAACCCAGUGCCAAAGUAGUUCAUGAUACUGCUUUAUGUAUCAUUCUUCUUUUUAUUUUCGAACUAGAAUGUUUGAGUAGUCAAUCUAAAUGAAAUAUUUUUUAAUUCAAUUAAGUAAGUAUAAACAUGUAAUUUUAUUUUCAAAAUGUGUCUAGUAAUGAAAGAUAACAUGUCAUUGAAUUAAUAAUUUAUCAAAUUACAUCUAGCAAUUUGAAUUUAAAGUAUGCUUUCAUACAUUUUUUCAUGAUCUACACAAAAAAUAUAAUCUUCAAUUCCCGCGUUUAUCUAACGUCAUUAUGCUUCUGUAUUUAAGGUUAAACAAAUUUCAUUAAAAAAAAACCUCUUAUUUUAGAAAUAACCAUUUUUUUCUAAGAUUAUUUUAUGUUGUAACUGAAAAUAAUUAAAUAAUAUUUACGUUUUGACGAAAAGUGAGAGAUGUUGAUUUUUCUAUCAUUAAUUAUUUUAUUUUCAUGUAUAGUCAACCACAAAAAUGUUACGAAAUGAAUCAGUUGACUUAUAAAUAUUUUUUACCACAUGUAGAGUUUAUUUUUGUGGUUGUCUAAAUAUCAAUUAAUUUUAAGUUGAAUGUAUUAAAACGUGCAAUGUCUAGACAUAAUGUACUUACUAUAUGAUCGUAAUUGAUAAUAGUGCCAUCUAUUAGUUUCAAACGUCAACUAGUUUUGUAGACCGUUUUAUAAAAGAUGCUGGUCAUUUAAUAUUUAAUAAUCAUGCUUUAUUUAUAUCGUUUUAGAAAUAUUUGUGUGUCACAUGUAAGAUUUGUAUGUGUCGGUGUUUUAUUAGGUAAAGUCGGUACCAAAAACUGUACAAUAUUUUAUUUUGUUUAUAAUUUUUUGCAAUUUAAUAAUCAACUUUCAUUUUGACUUGCAUAGUUUUUGGAAUUGACUUUAAAAUAUUUUUGUAUAUUUUACAUAAUCGAGUUUUAAUUAUCGAUGUUUUGCUUUAACGUGAACGGUAACCAGUAGAUAGCUAUUUGUGUAUAUUUUAAGAGCAGGAGUACAAAUAAAUGUGAGAUUUCAGAUAUUGUAACCAAGUGCGAUGUUUGCUUAGCCAAAUAUAUAAUCCACGGUUUAAAUAUGUGGGCCUUUGAGCAAAUUUUAACUAUAUAUAAGUACUUAGUAAUUUUCGAUCAAUUCAAUCAGUAUAAAUAAAAAAAUUCUGUAAUCUGUAAGUUAUAAAGUUUAAAUCAUUUAUUGAAAUGUGUGAAGCGAAAAAAUAGAAUAAAUUUAAUGGUGAAAGUGGUGGCAAAUGAUACCUAAAUAACUACAAAAAUGACAAUAAACUUCUCGUCUCCAAAUGUCCCCAUAAGUAAUAAUAGUUAAAAACUUUUAUAUCAUAAAUCAUUUGAAUGCUCUGUAUGGCGGAUCACGGCAUGAACAUAUUUUAUUUAAGACCUACCUUAUACCUGUGAAUCACAAAUAAACGAUUUGAUUGAUUUGAAAUCAUAACCACUUCUCAUAACUCCAUUCAAAUAUAAUAUUAUACAAUAUAGGUACAUAUAUUGAAGGGUAGUCAGAGAGAAAUGUAUUUAAAAACACCAAUCAAUUGUCUUAUACAGUUAUUCGUAUUUUAUUUAACCUAACUUCCUGCAUUUGUACUAAAGGAAAAAUCUAAAUGGUUUGGUUAGAAACACUUACUGACAAUGUGUUAAUCAACUGGCAGCUGAAAUUUUCUUGUUUUUAAUAACAGGAGUUUUCUUUAUAAACUACUUUUAAAACGGUAUACUGACAAUCAGUACUGGCAGGCAGCUAUUGAAGUUAUAAAUUAUGCCUUACCUAUGAAAAUAACAAUUAAAACGGUAAGAAAAAACCAAACUGUGUCUCAUUUAGUACAUCAUACUUCCAUAUCAUUAGUAAUGUCUUAAAUCGUGACCAAAAUAAUAUUAGCUAAUUAUAUCAACACCACAUAGACCUUAAUUAGAAUUUUAUAAUAUAUUACACAGAGUAACUUCCAAUUAACAGAGAUCUGUAACAGUAUUAAAUAAGCUUGAAAAGUAGGUACAGUUCUCCGCUCAUCAGUGGUCAGGUGAGACUAGAUUAAUAUGCGUUCUGAUAAUUUCUAAAAUUUGCCACUGAUUUGCGGUUGACUGUACUACAUAAUGUCAGUAGCUGGAAACAAAAUGGCGUCGAAUAGAUCUGAAAACAAUCUUCUUAUAAUGGUGUGGCUGUAAACCUGACCAGGGCCCCGAUUCUGCUAUUUUACAAAGGCCGAUGAAUGAAUGGUAAUUGAAUUAAAUUUGAAGUUAUUCCUAUUCUCUUAAGCAUUUUGCCAAUGCAAUAAUUGGAACUUAAUUGUACUGACCUUGAGGGUACAUCCCUUGACAAAGCUCAACAUUUUGUGCUUUAUCGCUACAUAUCACGUGAUCAGAUUUAUCGCUGCAAACGAGUGCCUCAACAGAAUACGAAAAUUGUCAUUUUAAGCCAAAUUUCAUUCAUUAUUAGGCCAUUGCAAAUAGCAGAAUUGGAGCCCAGGGUUUACCACCACGACUUAAAGUACUAUAUUAUGGCAGUGGAAGUGUGACGGCAAUACAGGGCGUAUAGCGCCAUUUCUCUUCCGCACCUGCAAUAUAUACUUUAUGAUGUGGUGGUAGGCUCUUUUUUCAUUAUAUAUUAUUAUAGCAGUAUUAUAAACUGGAAAAUAAUGUCACAAUAAUUUUAAUAAGAUUGCCAACGUAUAUGAAUAAAUUAGUUUUUGUUUAUUUAUAACAUAAUUGCAAAACACUAACAUUCAGACGAACAAUGAUUUUAUGUGUUAAUGACUGAUUUAUAUUUAUUUGUCGAAUGUUCAUGAAAAUAAAAUUAUGUUUUCAAUCUUUCCAA